UGGCUCAAGGCCAUUUUGGCUCAAGGGUGCGUCAGGCGGCAUCCCCAUCAUUUGACCAGUCGCCGCAGCUUUCCAUUGUUGCGUAGCCUCCAUGGGCAAGAAGAAGUUCUUUAGUCAAACCGAGCUGACGAUCGGCCUUAAUGGCGAUGAGGACACCGUAGCCGGCAUGGUCUUGGCAGGCAUCGGUCACGUGGAUGGCCAGGACAAGAAUAAUUCCUCGUGGUGGACCCACCUGACAGACAUUGACGCGAAGUUCCAGGAGCUACGCGGCUGCGCGGACGGACAUCACAACGAUCCACUUCACCGAGGCUUGCGCAGAGCAGAUCUGCCACGCUCUCGACGAGUACAGCAAGAGCGGGCAGGUCACGUCCCUGCGACUCGGGAGAUCCCUUGCAGGGACCGGCCGCGCGCCCCGAGGCAAGAUGCAGCGCUGCAUCGCGUGGCGCUCUUCCGGCCAGCCGCCGUGGCGGACAUGGGCACCGAGGCGCGAGCGCGCUGCAGCCCCUGGCUGCAGGCUGCCUCCCUGCGGUUGGCUCGCUUCGCCCGUGCCCUCGGCUCGCCGACCGCCGCUGGGGCGCGCGCCCGGCCGUCCAAGCCGCAGCAGCCGCAGCGGCGGGUGCCGCUCUCGGGUCCGCGGUCGUCACCGGCGCCCUGCGCGACCGCUCCAUCGGCUCGUCCUGCUUCGCGCGAUGGCGAGAUCGGCCCUGGGGCGCCGCGCACAGGAGUGCCCGGCGACGUGCCCGACAUCUUCCAACACGGGGCAGCCAGAUUGAGGACCGCCCGAUGCAGACGAACAUGAUGGAGGAGCAGAAGGCCUCGAGGGCCUUAUUGCGGAGAUGGUGCGCAACCUGCCGGCCGGGUGCAAGCAGGACGAGCUGGUGCGCGCACUCAAUUGUUCCGCCUUCGAUUCAAUCGUUGAUUUCUUGGACGAGAAGUCGCCUUUCCAGCACCACCACAGCGUUAGGGUGGUUGCUGUCAUCACCUCUCUCGAGGGCAUGUGCGAUUUUUGUCACAUGCCAUGCGACUUCGCUUCCGGCAACAGCAAGGGGCUCGGCGAGGAGAACAACUUCCUGAGCAGCCAUUUCCUGCACAGUUUCAGGCGACAGAGAAGUUGUUAUAUCUUGUGAUGGGUUUGCCCGUGUCUUUCCGGAUCAUGAUACUCCCGGCCGGGGAUUUACAGAGGCGUCGUCGAGGUCUACAUUAGUAGAUUUCUGUGGCCCCACCAUCCUUGACCUGGAUGACCCACACUUCAUCGGGGCGUCCCGUCAAUCGAACCAUGUCGGGGAGAUGUCUGCUUUUGUUGUUUGCUUUAUCUUGGGUGCGCGAUCCUUUUCGCCACCAUCGUCAUCAUCUACACCAUGCGCCUUCGUCAUCUUCUUCUCCACCAGAGAUUAUUCAGGCCACUAUUGGGUAUGAUUCCGAGUAUGCUGCUGGAGUGGUUCAACGGCUUACACGCGUUCGGCUGAAUCUCGGGUUGGUCUUAAGGUUUCGCCAUAUUUAUAUUGAAGUGGAUCACUAUGUUAUUUGGCGGAAGGUGGAGUCCCAUACCAGCCAAUAUCUCAGUGAGGGUGCAGA